AUGGGUGAGAUCACGCUCGACUUUCUGCAGGGCCUGCUGAGAGCUGAUUAUCCUGAUGUCUCGGUACAGAACUUUGAGGGUGCUCCAGGGUCCAAACGCGGUGACAAUUACACUUCCAUGGUCUACCGUAUCUCCUUAACUGGUGUCCGCAGACACGCUUCAUCAGAUGGAUCCAGUGAGGUCGAGGAACCUUGGGAAACUACAGUCAUUUAUAAAUGCCUUCCAGAAAGUCUUAAGAGGAGGGAAGCAUUCAAAAGUGAGGAACUCUUUUGCAAUGAAGUGGCUUUCUAUACGAAAAUUUGGCCUGCUUUUAUGAACUUCCAAAAUCUAUGGAAGAUACCACAUCCAUUUCAGUCAAUUCCAAAAUGUUAUUUAGCACACAAUGAGUGUGUGGUUUUGAGGGAUCUGAAGAGAGAAGGCUUCGUCAUGGCUGAUAGGAGACAGGGGUUAGGGUUAGAACAGAGCUAUCUAGUGCUGAAACAACUGUCACACUUCCACGCGUUGUCUCUGGCUAUGAAAUGUCACGAUCCUGAAGGUUUUUAUGAGCUGCUAAAUGAUAAAGAUGGGAUUAACGAAGUGUUCUUCUUAGAAGAAAACACAGAAUACUACAAGAACUACUACAGAGAAGCGAUCAGGAAUGCUCUAUCAAUGGUUGAAGUAGAGCUCUCAGAGUCACCAGACAAAGAAGUAUACCUGGACAAGUUCCGAAGGUUCUGCAGCGAGGAGCGUUUCUUCCACACCAUGGUGGAAUUGUGCACUCCUAAGGAGCCUCUCGCAGUAAUAUGUCAUGGUGAUUGCUGGACUAAUAACUUCUUGUUUAAAUACGUGAAUGGGGAUUUAGCUGAUAUGUACUUAUUAGACUUCCAACUCGUACGAUAUGCAUCACCUGCUAUCGACCUGGUCUUCAUUCUGUACCUCUGCAUGGAACGGGAGCUCUGGGCCGAACAUGUCAAUUCUCUCCUAGAGUUUUACACCGAUGAAUUACACGGAAGAGUGCUGCAGAUGAGUGAUGAGGAUUCAAUAUUUACUACAACAUUGAAUCGGGAUGCCUUGCAUAAAUUAGUAAUGGAAGAGUGGAGACGUUGUGGCCAGUUUGCUCUUGGCAUGGCGUUGGACAUGUUCCCCGUGAUGACGUGUGACAGUGAUGAGGCGCCUAAUGUUUACGAAGCUGAGGAUGAUGCUCCUCAGGGAAGUGGAAUGCAGCCCGUGCACACGUCAAACGCGGAGUGCAGAAGGAGAAUGACACAGUUACUAAUGGCACUUGUCGAUAACGGGAUCAUAUAG